AUGGGCUUACAUUUCAAGUGGCCAUUAGGGGCUCGUAUGCUGGCAGCACUAUAUGCAAUGAGUAUGGUUUUAAAAAUGCUGCCUGCCUUGGGCAUGGCUUGUCCACCAAAAUGUCGCUGUGAGAAGCUGCUCUUUUACUGUGACUCUCAGGGGUUUCACUCAGUGCCAAACACCACUGAAAAGGGCUCGCUAGGUUUGUCACUGAGGCACAAUUUUAUUUCUGAACUUGAAAGGGAUCAAUUUGCAAGCUUCAGUCAACUUACUUGGCUUCACUUAGAUCAUAAUCAAAUUGCAACAGUCAGAGAAGAUUCUUUUCAAGGACUGUAUAAACUUAAGGAAUUAGUCUUAAGUUCCAACAAAAUCUUUCAUUUGCCAAACACAACUUUUAGCCAGCUGCUUAACCUGCAGAAUUUGGACCUCUCUUUUAAUCAGUUAUCCUCUCUGCACCCCGAGCUCUUCUACGGCCUUCGCAAGCUACAGACCUUGCACUUGCGAUCCAACUCCCUGCGGACCAUCCCGGUCCGCCUGUUCUGGGACUGUCGUAGCCUGGAAUUCCUGGAUUUGAGCACAAACCGCUUGCGAAGUUUGGCUCGCAAUGGAUUUGCGGGAUUAAUCAAGCUGAGGGAGCUUCACCUAGAGCACAACCAGCUGACAAAGAUUAAUUUUGCUCACUUCCUCCGGCUGAGCAGCCUGCACACGCUCUUCUUGCAGUGGAACAAAAUUAGCAACUUGACAUGUGGGAUGGAGUGGACCUGGGGCACCUUAGCAAAGCUUGAUUUGACUGGAAAUGAAAUCAAAGCCAUCGACCUCACCGUCUUUGAAACUAUGCCUAACCUUAAAACCCUCCUCAUGGAUAACAACAAGCUCACCACUCUGGAUUCCAAGAUCCUGAGCUCGCUGACAUCCCUCACCACCGUGGGCCUCUCCGGCAAUCUGUGGGAAUGCAGCCCAAAGAUCUGCUCCUUGGCCACAUGGUUGAGUGGCUUCCAAGGUCGGUGGGAGCACUCCAUCCUCUGCCACAGCCCCGACCACACCCAGGGAGAGGAUAUUCUGGAUGCAGUGUAUGGUUUUCAGCUUUGCUGGAAUUUAUCGACUGUGGUUACCCCCGUGGCUACGACGUCGUACACAGCUCCAACUACCGAGUACACGAAAAGAAUAAGCUCUUCUCAUUUCCAUGUGGGAGACAAAGAGAUUCCAACUACGGCAGGCAUGGUCGUUACCACCGAAGAACAGUUCCCCGAGCCAAACAAUGCCAUCUUCACUCAGAGGGUAAUUACAGGAACAAUGGCUUUAUUGUUUUCUUUCUUUUUUAUCAUUUUUAUAGUGUUCAUCUCCAGGAAGUGCUGCCCUCCCACACUAAGAAGAAUUAGGCAGUGCUCAAUGAUUCAAAACCACAGGCAGCUCCGAUCCCAAACGCGGCUGCAUAUGGCCAACAUGUCAGACCAAGGACCCUAUAACGAGUAUGAACCCACCCACGAAGGACCCUUCAUCAUCAUCAAUGGCUACGGACAGUGCAAGUGCCAGCAGCUGCCCUAUAAAGAAUGUGAAGUAUAA